UUUGAACGUGUCUUGUCCUGGUUGGACUCGCCACACAUUGGACUUCUUCCAGGACACCCCCUAGCACCCCAUCGCCGGUUCAUGGUUUGUCCCUCCUCUCACAACUAUCAGUCUACUCACCACUGCUGUGCAUGGCUAGUCCUUACCAACCACCAACUUGCCAUUUCAGAGAUGCUCCAACAAAGCCAUCAAGCUGUAAUAAGAAAAAUGCUAAUGCUGCUAUGCUGAGCAACUAUGAGGUGUUUAAACUCCUGACAGACCUGAAGGAACAGAGGAAGGACAGCGGGAAGAACAAACACAGCGCCGGACAGCAGAACCUCAACACCAUCAUGUAUGAGACGCUGAAAUACCUGUCAAAGACGCCGUGCAGCAGACAGAGCCCUGAGAUCGUCAAAGAGUUUCUCACCACCAUGAUGCCUCACAAACUCACAAAGGCAGAAAAACUGCAGCUGCUGAACCACCGGCCACAGACUGCAGUGGAAAUGCAGCUACUGGUAGAAGAGAGUGAAGAGCGGUUAUCAGAGGAGCAGAUUGAGGAGCUCAUCCAGACAGUCGCAGACGUUCUGCCUGGUGACCCGGAGCAAGAAAACGCAGCUCCGGCAGAAGCAGAGAUGGAUGAAGGCGGUGAACAGUCGUGACACAGUGACAGGCCAGAACUGACCCAUAUGUGGAGAAAAAAACUGGACUUUUAUCUGCACUGUUCUGACUCACUGUUUGAACUGAACAACAUGCUCACAGACAGGAUGCACAGUGGCCGAAAUUCCCUUUGAGAUACCUCCUUUAGUCGUUCACCUUAGAUGACUCUUUAAAUGAAUAGAGGAAGAGAAGCAGAGUGUUUCUGAUUUACAUUUAUGUCUGUACAUAUAGCUGCAUUCACAUCACAUAUUCACAUACUCAUAAGUUCAGGUUUUUGGACAGUGAAUCACAGUUCUGCAUCUGACUUGUGUAAUUUGUAUUAUACUUGCGAUAAUGUUUAUGCAGAGACAGUCACCCAUUGAGCUGGUUUAUUUUUUGGCUUCUGCAUUAAUAUUAGUCAUCAGGUUCUUCCACAGAGCAUCAAAAUAACAUCUUUUACUGCCAUAUGACUUCCUAAACUGGGAAGUCAGUCAUGCACUUAAACUUGAAUGAACAUACGGUCAGACAGUAUUAUUAAUAAAGAGUUUGGACAGGAGGGAUCAAGAGGUGGCUAUUGACUCUUAUUAAACAAAAUAAAGCAUAAAAGCUGAACUGCAAGAAAGUUAAUGACAAAACAUCUGCUGUCAGAACGAGCUGCAGAGCUUUACUUGAACUGUUCAUGUGCUUAAAGAAAUAUAAAACAGGACUAUGCACCUUGUAUGUACAACAGAUUGUGAAGGACUGAUGGAGAAUUACAUCUACAAUCUGAAACUCAUGCAUGUUUUCUCUGCAUCUUCUAGUUGCUCAGUGAAUGCAGCACUAAGGUAGAAAGGAACCCGUGGUAUGCCAAAAACACAGCAUUCUUUUGUUCUUUCUGUUUGCUGACGCUUUUUAAAAAAAAAUUUGAGUCCACAGUCAGAAUCAUUAGGGGUAUUAUUAGUUAAAUAUCCUUAUGUAUUGGUAUUAUAGUCAUUACUGCAGGACAAAUCACUUUACAGAUGUGUUUCUGUAAGAAUUACACAUGAAACAACCUGCAGCCUUUACACACACAAACACUUCAACUGCACACUCUAGAGCAUUUUGUGUUUUUGCGGUUGUUGUGUUGAAGCAGAGGAAGGAUGUGCCGGUUAGACUCAUGCACCUUUCUUUUUUUGACAUCCUGUUGGUUUAUCACUUCAGUUUCCUGUACUUACAAGUGAACACAAGAGGAAAACACACUGGAUAACUAAUAAAUGUCCAACCUGAAAUAAAAGAGAGCUGCUGAAUUACCUGCAUAAUAAACAUCCAGAUAAGGUUGUCAUCCUUUCUA